UCUUGCUUGGAGGUGUUUUUAUCCACAGCUUCAGAAGUGGACAAGCCCAUCCAGAAGAUGGACCCGACGGAAUAUAUGCUUGAGGAAAACUCAGAUUAUGAUCCAGGAAAUUAUCCUUCACUCGAGUCUAAUGUGUGUGAGAUGGGUACUGUUUCCACAGUUACGAAUAUGUUUACCAGCAUCCUGUAUUCUCUCAUUUUUCUCCUCAGCCUGCUAGGAAAUAGCCUUGUCUUGUGGGUCGUAAUGAAAUACGAAAGCCUCACCUCCUUAACAAACCUCUUCAUCGUCAACCUUUGCAUCACUGACUUGGCUUUCUCUUGCACGCUCCCUUUCUGGAUUGUGUACAAUUAUUACGGAUGGAUUUUUGGCGAUUUCCUCUGCAAAGCUGUGACCGCCAUUUUCUCUAUCAGCUACUAUGGUGGUGUCAUCUUCCUGACCAUAAUGACAGUCCUCCGGUACCUGGCUGUGGUGGAUCCCUUGUCUUCAUUGAGAACUCAGACGAAAAGGUGCGGAAAACUGUUGAGCUUGGCCAUUUGGGUGUGCAGCGUGUUAGUUGUGGUUCCUGAGAUUCUUUUUACCCAUGUAAUACCUCACAAUGGCAUACAGUACUGCGACUACGAAGAAGCAUCUAUUUGGAAGCUGGUGGAAUUGGGCCAGCAAUCUGCCUUCUUCCUAUUUUCCUUCACGAUCAUUGCAUUUUGUUACAUAAGGAUGCUUAAGAUCUUGCUUCGACAGCGGUCUCAAAGGAGGCACCGAACCGUAAGGCUCAUAUUUGCUAUAGUGCUGGUCUUUUUCCUGAGCUGGGCACCUUAUAACGUGCUUGGUUCUGUGUACGUUUUGUCCUCUCAGCGGUACAUUGACCUACCCUGCGAAUCAUACAGGCAAGUUUUCUUUGCUUUCGACAUCAGCCGCAAAAUAGCCUAUGGCCACUGCUGCCUCAACCCGGUGCUCUACGUCUUCGUCGGAGUGAAAUUCAGACGGCACCUGAAACUCCUGUACAAGCAUUAUUCUCCUUGCCACAGCAGGAUCCCACCUUCCAGCCCCAGAGCUCAUUCUUUUCACAUGAGCCCCUACGAGGAUGCAUCAAUGUACUGAGUCAAAGGCCACCUGAAAAAGGAAGAGUCUGACUGACCCAGCCAGCUGAACAAAUAGAUGAACGACCACAACAACAACUGUCAAUUUGCAACAUCGUCAUCAUCUUCUCCAGAGGAGGGGAGAGAAGAUCAUGCUUGGAAUUGCUUCUGUUUUGCCAAUAGCAAAUAUUGGAGAUCAGUCUUUACCUCUGCUAAAAUUUUAAGAACUAUAAAUAAGAAUCUGUUUCCAUGCAGGAUAAAUUGACAGUCUUUUUGUUUUCAAAUACAGUGGAACCUCGGUUUAUGAACACCUCGGUUUAUGAAUUUUCGGUUUAUGAAUGCUGCAGAUCCAUCUGGAAUGGAUUAAUUCACUUUCCAUUACUUUCAAUGGGAAAGUUCGCUUCAGUUUAUGAACGCUUCAGUUUAUGAACAGACUUACGGAACCAAUUACACCCAUGCUUUGGGUUAAGUACACUUCAGGUUGAGUACUCCGCGGACCCGUCUGGAACAGAUUAAUCCACUUUCCAUUACUUUCAAUGGGAAAGUUCGCUUCAGUUUAUGAACGCUUCAGUUUAUGAACAGACUUCCGGAACCAAUUGUGUUCAUAAACCGAGGUACCACUGUAGUCAAAUAUUACACUAAUCCCUGAAAUGUUUAAAUGACCCAGGUAUUGUGUGUGAUAAAUCAAAACUUGAGAUAUUAGUAGCAAGGUGUUUCCAGGCAAGGGAGGGCGGGGUUAAUGUUGUAAAUAUGUCGCUAAGAUAUUGAAUGGGUGUUGCAGCAACAUGUGUCGCUAUUUUUUAACUAACCGGGGGUUUUUUUCUCAGAAAGGCUAAAUCCAGGUGAGAUGGUGGUGGGGAGGAGAUGCAGGUUGCCAUUUUGAUGCCAAGAAACCUGCAAAAACUUGCAUACACGAGGAGCUCCCAUCCCACAAUAAACAGCCAUUUGCAAUUGCACAUUUGACCCAACAUAGCUACAAACACAUAGAAACACCCGGACAUGCAUUCAAAUCUUGCAUGCAGAAAUUAGGAGGAGCACAGUUUUGUCUAUGUGCUGUUAUAUGUGGACAAAUUUGAAGAAGGGGAGGUGCUAUAGUUUGGUGGUAGAAGCAGAUGUUUUACAUGCAAAAGGUUUCAUGUUCAGUGCCUGGCUUUUUCAGGCAGGGCUGGUAAGAAGACCACUGUCUGCAGAAGUGCUUUCUGUUAAUGUAGACAAUGCUGAGCUAAAGCGAAAGACCAACUGUCCGACUCAGUAUAAGGCAGUUUUUUGUUUUCCAAAUGUAGGCUGAAGUUUUCAUUCAGAGUUAAGAUAAGGGUCUGACCAUUAAGAAAACCAACUACUAAUUUGCAGCACAGUUGUUGAAAUAUGCCCCUCUUUGGGUCCACUUGGAAAUGGUGGCAAACCUUUCCACAAUAUAACCUCUUAAAACUUGUUUAGUUCUACAGUGAUGCAGUAUACUGUAUAUAGAGUUGCUACGAAACCUUCAUUUUUAUUUUUAUUUUAAAACAAGAUCUGUAUUUUUGCAUUAUGAAACCCUGAUAAUUGUAGAAAGCUGUUCAUUUCAGAUUUAAGUCAUUUUAACCUUCACAGUUUCCAUAAUGAAAAGGGUUUAAAACGUAUACUCCAUAAGUACAAUGAACAAGUAAGUGAAAAUAGCAUUAUUUAAUAAAUUGCAUUGC